AUGCCAUAUUUCGCUGUAAAGGGUAAAGGUAAUAGCUUCGUCGAUGAGUCUCAGGGGUUAGCUCCCGUCCCAUCAGCGUAUCGUUCUGAUAAAUGUGAUAUGAUGCACGCCAUUCUGGAUCUAAACCAACGUACUUGUAGUACUCAUCAACCCAGACCAAGCACACGGGCUGUCAGGGUUCCAUCAUGGUUCCACAGAACAUCCCACGAGGCUGUGGAAUAUAAUAUAACGGUAACAGCCGCGACAAGCACGGUAUCUGGGAGUUUCCGAAGCCUAGGGGCCCACCCUAUUCUGAUCCUCAGGCAAUAUGAUGCGCUGCAGGGGCAUAUACUAUAUGACAGAGGAUCUGGCCAACUCACCAGCAUGCAGGCAUGUUACAGCAGAGCCCGGAGACAUCCCACUUCCCCAAUCGACAACCACCACACGGCUCACAACGAAGAGAAAGGCGAUAUCACUCUACCCAUAGAUGACAUAUUCAAUUACCAGAAUACGCUAUACUUGCAUCCUCUAACCCUAGUCCUCAUUGGAGUCGCUAGGCAUUAUGGCGAGAAUUCGGGGCAGGUUUUCUUGCGGAGACAGUUCCAUAGGGCACGCAAAGAAAGGAAAUGGGAUGAUGGAGAGAAGAGCAGAAAGAUGGGAUGGAUGUGGGAGGAAGUUGAAUUGGUGUCUUGGCGGAAUGGAAUGGAAGGAUUCAGGGGUGAAUCUGCCAAGUCAAUGUAUGCACUAGCGAGAUGGAUCAUUAGGCUUCAUCGUUUCAUGGCUCGGCAUCUAUAUUAG